UGGCAAAUUCAAACCUUCCUAUGAGACGCAAGAUUCACCAACACAGACCCAAAAGACUGACAUUGGGGACCCUGUGCUCGUCCAGGAUCCAGAGGCCAGGGAACCCGGCACAGGAGGUGUGGCCGAGAGUGAACUGAAUCAUUCCAACGAAAUGCUCAUAAAUUAGCCAGGGUCACCCACACCAUAGUACAACUGUUGUAGUCCCAGU